GCCGGCCGUUGGAGCGGCAGGGCCGUGGGGCCGGGCAGCAGGGCCGGCGGGCGGCUGUGAGGCGGUGGCGCGUCCCGCCCGAGGGCGGCUCUGGCCGAGCGCGGAGGGGCCGGGGGAGUGCCCGGGACGGCGGCCGAGGUGGGUGGGCGGCGGCGCGCGCUGCCCGCGGGGGACCCGGCUGAGAUGCUGGCGGAAAACCCGGUGGAGGAGUUCGAGGUGAAGGAGGACGAGCCGUGGUACGACCACCAGGACCUGCAUCAGGAUCUCCAACUUGCGGCUGAGCUUGGGAAGACAUUACUGGAUCGGAACACAGAGUUGGAGGAGUCUCUUCAGCAGAUGUACACAACCAAUCAGGAGCAGUUACAGGAAAUUGAGUAUCUGACCAAGCAGGUGGAGCUUCUGCGGCAGAUGAAUGAACAGCACGCAAAGGUUUACGAGCAAUUAGAUGUCACAGCAAGGGAGCUGGAGGAAACAAAUCAGAAGCUAGCUGCUGACAGCAAGGCCUCACAGCAAAAGAUUCUGAGCCUGACUGAAACAAUUGAAUGUCUACAAACCAACAUCGAUCACCUCCAGAGCCAAGUGGAGGAGCUGAAAUCAUCUUGCCAAAGGAGAAGGAGCCCAGGAAAAUGCGGCCAGGAGAAUUCCGUGCCCAGCUUUGCAUGUCUGAAAGAGCUGUAUGACCUCCGCCAACACUUCGUGUAUGACCAUGUAUUUGCGGAGAAGAUCACUUCCUUACAAAGUCAGCAAAGCCCUGAUGAAGAGGAAAAUGAGCACCUGAAGAAAACAGUGACAGUGCUGCAGGCUCAGCUGAGCCUGGAGCGGCAGAAGCGGGUGACCAUGGAGGAGGAAUACGAGCUUGUGCUGAAGGAGAACAGUGAACUGGAACAGCAGCUGGGGGCCACAGACGCCUACCGAGCCCGGGCACUGGAACUGGAGGCAGAGGUGGCGGAGAUGCGGCAGAUGUUGCAAUCAGAGCAUCCUUUUGUGAAUGGGUGCGAAAAGCUGGUGCCAGACUCUCUGUUUGUUCCUUUCAAAGAGCCCAGCCAGAGCCUGCUGGAGGAGAUGUUCCUGACUGUGCCAGAGGCACAGAGAAAACCUCUCAAGCGCAGUAGCAGUGAGACAGUCCUAAGCAGCUUGGCAGGGGGUGACAUCGUGAUGGGUCAUGAGGAGACCUGCAUCAGGAGGGCCAGGGCUGUGAAGCAGAGGGGCACCUCCCUUCUGCACGAAGUGGACACUCAGUACAGUGCCCUGAAGGUGAAGUACGAGGAGCUGCUGAAGAAGUGCCAGCAGGGACAGGGCUCCCUGUCACACAAGGCCGUGCAGACCCCCAGGGCUCCAGCCAGGGACAUGAUUGGGUUGGAGCCUGAACCAGCCUCUGUCACCCCAGAGCCCAUCGGCUUCCCCACCCCGACAACACCUCCUGAAUACAAAGCGCUGUUUAAGGAGAUCUUCAGCUGCAUCAAGAAGACUAAGCAAGAAAUAGAUGAACAGAGAAGAAAAUACCGGCCCCUCCCCGCUCAUUCCUAAUUGAACCUCCAGCUCUACCACCAAUUCGCUGGUCCCUCUCACCCCUCUCUCAUUCAGACCAGCGUCUGUACACUCCAAAGCCUGAUGUUGCUCAUGAUGUUUGCCUCCUUCCUUUACUUAUGCAGCAGAUGCAUACAGCCAGGAAAGGAGGUGGCCACUGGUGCAAAUCUACAGUCCAGUUCCAUUUAAGCUCCCCAGGAAAUCCUGUGACAAACUGGCUUCUGGCUGGCGCACUAAUUAGGCUUCACUUCUAGAAAAGCCCCAGAACCAGUGGACGGGAGAUCCAUGCUCCUGGAAAAGAAGGCCUGCAGCUGCUGGGGGGAAGAGCAGAGUGGGAGCAAAGCUAAGGCCAUUCCUCUUGCUCCCUCGCCCAGCUUCUUAGAACUGUGCAGAAGCCAGAGGGCUGCCAAGCUAACAUGACUUUUGCACUCUAUGUUGGAUACUGUGAAUUCUUUAAGAAGAAUGUUCAGGAGAAAGCAGGGGUCUAAUCCAAAGUAAAUGGCAUUAACAAGUACUGGGAGCCCUCAAGCUUUGUUAAUCACCAGUUGAACUGUGACUGACAGAUAGUCCUAAUAUAUCUAAAUCCAAUUGAAUACCAAAUUGAAACGGCAAGCUUUGGUUUGAUCAAAGUUAGCCUGUGAGCAUACACCCUAGAGGGCCUCCACCCCCACAUGCAAGUGUUUUUACUCAGAGCUAUAGCCUUUAGAUAGGUGAAUAUGUACAUCUUUAAUUCCUUUCUCAAAUUCAAACCAAAGGGGAAAGAUCAGAGCCCUUCCUCCUGUGAGGUCUGAGCUGGCUUGGCUGACUUGCUGGCCACAAGCUGCUGCUGCUCAGUUCUUAUCGUUCUGUAAAUGUUGUUGACUUGCUGCAGAAAUUCCUGUCUACUACUUCAUUAAGCAGUGUUGAUGUUCUGACUGAGGAAAUAUCCUCUCACUUUUUCAUACUUUUAAUUUAAAACUAUUUAAGAGAACCAAGGUUCUGAUUAUUGUGUAUAU